AAUGGAUGAUGAUGAUGAUGACAUUCCCCAGCUUUCAUCCCAUGCCUUGGCUGCCCUCCAGGAGUUCUAUUUGGAACAGCAGCAGAGAGAGGGCAUGAAGACCUCCCAAGGGUUUAAUCAAUAUUCCGUUGGCUCAAUAGAAGAAGACUGGCAACUGAGCCAGUUUUGGUACAGUGACGAAACUGCAUCGUGCCUGGCUAAUGAAGCACUCGUGGCAGCUGGGAAAGGUGGCAGGAUAGCAUGUGUUAGCGCGCCAAGUGUGUACCAGAAACUGAAAGAACAGGAUGGUAAAGAUUUUUCAGUGUGUAUACUGGAGUAUGACAGGAGGUUUUCCGUAUAUGGAGAAGAAUUUAUCUUCUAUGAUUACAACCACCCUUUGAACUUACCUGAAAAUCUCCUGCCACACAGUUUUGACAUCGUAAUAGCAGAUCCACCCUAUCUGUCUGAGGAGUGUCUUCAAAAAACUGCAGAGACCAUCAAAUACUUAACAAAAGGAAAGAUUCUGCUUUGCACAGGUGCCAUCAUGGAGGAGCAGGCAGCAAAGCAUCUUGGUGUGAAGAUCUGCAAGUUUAUUCCAAAACACUCUCGAAAUUUAGCCAAUGAAUUUCGAUGCUAUGUGAACUAUGCUUCUGGACUGGACUGAUUCUCAUAAGAAGAUCUACAACUUUUUCAGUCAAGCUUCUUCCUCUGUUUUUUUUAAUCAGUGACUCCACAUUUCUCAGUGCUGAAAUAAUUCAGCUCCAAUACUGUUUCCUGGGCUAGCUUUAAUCAGCAUGGUGUGACAGGCUCUCUUUUACACGCGUGAGCAUUUGCACUCACUCAGUUUUGUAUCCUACCUACUGGGCAAAUGGGGACAAAACAAUGCAGGUGCUGGAUAAUGGGAACUUCUCUGUUAGAGUUUCAUUCUAAC